AACUAAUACAGAGCCUUGUUUUGGAGUAAAGGAAAAUCCUUUUUUUGACACGUGUUUUUCAUAGUGGUCUGAUUCACUAAUACAAACAAUUUUGCCAAUCACUCAAAAUCUCUCCACCUUCAUUAAGAUAUCACCAUGAUUUCCUGAUUUCUCUUCCUUAACCUCCUCCGUUUGUAAGUUCAUUGCAUUAAUUCACCAUAUGUUUAUAUAGUGCAUAUAUAUACACACACAAAACCAUAUACCCUUUGAGCAACAAACGCCCAGAGAGAGAGAGAGAGAGACUUAAAGAGGGGAGAGCUUGCUAGAAGAGAAGAAAUGGGGGACAAAUCUUGGUUCAGACAGGCGACGACGACAAUGAUGAAGAUGGCUCCUUCGAAAUCGGCGUUGAUACGUUUCAACCUCGCCUUGUUCGCUCUCUCUUUCCUUUUAUACACAGCGCUUCUCCUUCGGCCUUCUUCUUCGGUUUACUUCGAGAAUGCGGCUUCCCUCGUUGGCUGCUCCUUCCGCGAAUGCCAUCCCAAGGUUGAACGAGGAGUGAAGAUGCAAGAACUCAUGGAAGAUAGCCAGAUAAACAGCGGAGAUUUACAAACGUCGAACAAAACCACCGAUUUGACGAAAGUGGAGGUGCCAAGCUUCAUGAAAGGAAUUCUAAAAAAGGUGUUUGGAAGGCCGAGGAUCGGGAUGGUGAACAUGGAUGAUGCCAACACAAGCGAAUGGAAACACUACGGAGAAACGAUACCAAUACGCUUUGAUCGCGUCUCGGACCUCUUCAAAUGGCAAGACCUUUUCCCUGAAUGGAUAGACGAAGAGGAAGAAACCGAUGUGCCCACUUGCCCCGAGAUCCCUAUGCCCGAUAUCACGUCCUUAGACAAAAUGGACGUCAUAGUAGCGAAGCUCCCAUGUAAUUAUCCCGAAGAAGGGUGGAGAAGGGAGGUGGGUAGGUUGCAAAUGCACCUCGCGGCGGCUAACUUGGCCGCCAAGAAAGCGAAGAGGGAUUGGAGAUGGAGGACGACGGUGGUGUUUUGGAGCAAAUGCAGACCGAUGAUCGAGAUUUUCCGGUGCGAUGAUUUGGUAAGAAGAGAAGGAGAUUGGUGGUGGUAUAGACCGGAGGUUGUAAGGUUGCAACAAAAGCUUGAUUUGCCGGUUGGCUCUUGCAAUCUCGCUUUGCCCUUGUGGGGACGUCAAGGGACCGACGAAGUAUACGACGUAUCGAAAAUGGAAGCGAUGACGAAGACACCGAGACGCGAAGCCUAUGCGACGGUGUUACAUUCCUCGGAGGCUUACGUAUGCGGCGCCAUCACACUCGCACAGAGCCUCUUUCAGACAAAAACUAAACGAGAUCUUGUCCUCCUCCACGACAACUCAAUCUCACGGUCGAAACUCGACGCCCUCGCGGCCGCCGGGUGGCAGCUCCGACUCAUCAGCCGUAUACGAAACCCCAGAGCCGAAAAAGACUCUUACAACGAGUAUAACUACAGCAAGUUUCGGCUUUGGCAGCUCACGGAGUAUGAUAAGGUCGUGUUUAUCGACGCCGACAUAAUUGUUCUGCGUAGUUUGGAUAUUCUCUUCUACUUUCCCCAGAUGUCGGCGACCGGAAACGAUGUUUGGAUCUUCAACUCUGGUGUGAUGGUGAUCGAACCCUCGAAUUGUACGUUCCGUACGCUCAUGAGCCAACGUAACGAUAUUGUUUCGUACAACGGUGGAGACCAAGGCUAUCUCAACGAGAUCUUCGUAUGGUGGCACCGUUUGCCUCGACGCGUAAACUUCCUGAAGAACUUUUGGUCCAACACGACACUCGAAACCAACCUGAAGAACCAUCUCUUCUCGUUGGAUCCACCGAAACUGUACUCAAUCCACUACCUGGGUUGGAAGCCAUGGCUAUGCUACAGAGACUACGACUGCAACUUCGACGUCGAGGAGCAGCUCGUUUACGCGAGUGACGCAGCUCACGAGCGCUGGUGGAGGGUUCACGACUCGAUGGGAGAAGGGUUACAAAGGUUCUGUAGGCUGACCAAGCGGCGGCGAACGGAGCUGAAUUGGGAGAGGAGGAAAGCGAGGCUUAGAGGGUCGAGUGAUCGCCAUUGGAGGAUCAAUGUUACCGAUCCUAGACGUCGAAAAUCUUAUUUGAUAGAUUAGGGUUUUGCAUAUGUAUAUAUAUGCAUAUAUAUACGUACUACUAUUCCGUACGUUCUUCUCCUCUUAUGUAUUACUUUCUUUGAUUGAUGUAUUUCAUUUUUUGGGUUAAUUUUAAUUUGUGGUUUGGCUUUAGCGUUUCAAGGGAAUUCGGAUAUUUUCGUUUCAGUUA